GCGGUGAAUAAUGGUGGACAAUGGCGACGUUUCGACAGUUGGGGUGACAUCUCGACAGAUAUGUUUGGAUAUGUUCCCGGUACGUUAUUCGGACGCUGCUGCAAGUUUACGCGCAUUGAUUCACGGCGGUUAGACGUACAUAUCCGCAAGAUUUCAAGUAUUCCUCUUUCUUUCUAUUUUUUAUUUUUCAAUUCGUAAUGGCCUCGGUGAACGCGAAUGCGCUGUCCAGUGACAUAAGUCGUAGAAACCCUCAGGAUGAAUACGAACUUAUCCAGAGAAUAGGCAGUGGGACCUACGGUGAUGUUUACAAGGCUAAACGACUGUCCAUGAAUGAUCUCGCAGCAAUAAAGGUUAUCAAGUUAGAGCCAGGUGAUGACUUUGCAAUCAUUCAACAGGAAAUUUUAAUGAUGAAGGACUGCAGACAUCCAAAUAUUAUUGCAUAUUAUGGUAGUUACUUGAGAAGAGAUAAAUUAUGGAUAUGUAUGGAAUAUUGUGGAGGUGGAUCAUUACAAGAUAUAUAUCACAUAACUGGACCAUUAUCAGAAAUACAGAUAUCAUAUAUGUGUCGAGAGACCCUUACAGGUCUAGCCUAUUUACAUAGCAUGGGUAAAAUGCAUCGUGAUAUUAAGGGUGCCAAUAUAUUAUUGACUGAAGCAGGUGAUGUAAAAUUAGCAGAUUUCGGUGUGUCGGCACAAAUUACUGCAACCAUUAACAAAAGAAAAAGUUUUAUUGGCACUCCUUACUGGAUGGCUCCUGAAGUGGCAGCUGUCGAAAGAAAAGGUGGUUAUAAUCAGUUAUGUGACAUUUGGGCAUGUGGAAUAACUGCAAUAGAAUUGGCAGAAUUACAGCCGCCAAUGUUCGAUCUACAUCCGAUGCGUGCUCUAUUUCUCAUGUCAAAAUCAGGUUUUAAACCACCAACAUUAAAAGAUCGUGACAAAUGGAGUCCAAUGUUCCAUAAUUUUGUUAAAGUCGCUCUUACAAAAAAUCCCAAAAAACGACCGACAGCGGAAAAAUUGCUUCAGCACGCAUUUUUCCAAGGAGAGAUGAGUAAAAGGCUGGCGUUAGAGUUAUUGCAAAAAGUAUCAAAUCCCAGCCAUAUGUUUGCUGAUCUAGAAGCUGAUGAAGAUGGAGCAGUACCCAAUGUUCCACAAAGAAUAGCUUCACGUCAUACUGCAAAAUCUAGGCCAAAGAGCCCUAUAUCGCAACUAGAUAGUGAUGAUCAAAUCAAUAUUGAUGGAGAAAUGUUACACGGAGAUUCUAUAUCGCCAUCCAUGGAUACUAAUCCUGCAUGGGAUAUCAUGGAUAUCAUGAAUAAUGUCAAAGCUGUACAUAAUUGUGAUGUUCAUCCAGACUGCGGGAUUGGUUCUGUGUUCGAGGAUGUCCAGGAAAAUACACUUGACGCAAACCUUAAGACAAGUAUUAUAUCGAAACAUCGUAGGAAAACUGGUACAGAAAUAUUUCGUAUGACUUUAAGGAGUCUAUUGCAGUACAUUGAUGAGGAGUUGUUGCUAAGGGGGAAUGCAAUGUCAGUGGUUGAUGGGCAUUGCGACCAGCUAUAUUCCCUGCAAGCUACUCUUCCACUUGGGGAGUCUUCGAGUGAUUGCGAAGUCCAUUGUCCAUAUUAUAAUGUAUCUGGGUCUCAAGCAAGUCCUAGACGUCAUAGCUCUGUAGACGAAUUAUAUGGUUUAGUCAAUAGUUCACAGUCUUUAACAACUGUGAAUGGGCAACGACAACGAUCAUUAUCAGAUAGCGGUCCGAGGGAUGAAUCCGCACAAUCGAAUGGUGACAAUGAGGUAUCAACUGAACGAAAUAGAGAAAAUAUGAGUCCCGACUUAUUGUCAGACACGCCGCCCGUACCUCCAAGGAGAAGGGAUCGUAAAAGACACACGCCACCAAGACCUAUAAGUAACGGAUUGCCUCCUACGCCGAAAGUGCACAUGGGAGCAUGUUUUUCAAAAGUAUUCAACGGUUGUCCACUAAGGAUACACUGUACUGCGAGCUGGAUCCAUCCAGACACAAGAGAUCAGCACUUGCUGAUUGCAGCUGAAGAAGGGAUUUAUAAUUUGAAUCUAAACGAACUCCACGAAACUGCGAUAGACCAGUUAUAUCCAAGACGUACUAUCUGGAUGUACGUUAUCAAGGAUGUUCUUAUGUCUCUUUCCGGAAAAACGCCUCAAUUAUAUAGGCAUGACUUAUUAGCGAUGUUAAGUAAACAGACUCAUAGGUUUUCAUUGCAUAUGAACAAAAUACCAGAGAGAUUAGUUCCAAGAAAAUUUGCUCUUACUACGAAAGUGCCGGACACGAAAGGAUGUACCAAGUGUUGUGUUGCAAGAAACCCAUAUAAUGGGUAUAAAUAUCUAUGCGGUGCAAUGCCGGCAGGUAUAUUCCUAAUGCAAUGGUAUGAUCCAUUAAAUAAAUUUAUGCUUUUAAAACAUUUUGAGUGCACUUUGCCAUCACCUCUGAAUGUUUUUAAAAUGAUUAUCACGCCUGAGAUGGAAUAUCCAAUGGUAUGUGUGUCAGUUAAACAGCCAUACCAACAAAAUAAAUUAAAACUUGACUUAAUUAAUAUGAAUUCGGGAGCGAGUUGGUUCCACAGUGAUGAAUUAGAAGAUAUAGAUGGCUCAGCGACUGUGAUUCCAAGAAGAGAGAAUUUAAACGUUAUUAACGUAACGCAAUUCGAAAAAGACGCAAUACUCGUUUGUUACGAUAAUGUAGUAAAAAUGGUGACUUUACAAGGAAAACCUCGUAUCAGUAAAAAACAGCUGUCAGAGCUGAAUUUUAAUUUUCAAAUCGAGUCUAUCAUUUGUCUACCAGAUAGUGUGCUUGCAUUCCAUAAGCACGGUAUGCAAGGUAGAAGUUUCAAAAAUGGCGAGGUUACACAAGAAAUUAGUGAUCCAAGCAGGACUUAUAGAGUUCUUGGCUCGGAUAAGGUUGUGAUGUUGGAGAGUCAUCUAGUUCACAGUGGUACACUGACUGAAUCGGAAGGAGCGGAUUUGUAUAUUCUCGCUGGACACGAGGCCAGCUAUUAAGUGUUAAUUUAAAAUAACCAGCCUACGUAUGUGCUGCGUUAUCAUCUCACACGAGAUUGAUGAUUUGUGAUUGAACUAUGUAUAUGUAACAUAAAACGACUACGAGAUCGGAAAUUACAAUGUACAGAGAGGUAAAAAAAAAAGAACUUUAUUAAUCAAUUAUUUCACACACUAUAUAAAUAAGUGGCUGAUUAUCGGCGCACUGCUAUUACUGUAAUUUAAGUGUUGCAAUAAUUGUUGCUAUCUUCAUAUAGGUCGAUGUCGUGUAAACUAAUAGUUGCGAUAAAUUUUUUUUACUGAGAGCAGGUUUAGAGUUAGUCCAGGUUUUUUUUAGAUUAUAUAUCGGUAAAAUCAUAAUUUGAAAAUAAAAUAACAAUAAUAAAUAAA